CAGUGAUAGAUGAUGGCUUAUCGCCACCAAACAGGCCUGAUGGAAUGCCUGGAAUUAUGCCUGGUAGCAGACAAGUAAGCAGACAUCCAGAGGAUUGGUAUUUUUCGUCAUUUGGUAAGGUCUUCUGGAUGUGCGUGGCGCUAUUGAUGGCCAGUUUUUGGCAAGGGACGCAUGUUUUGGCGAAUGGAGGUGAUGGCCCUUUUUAUUACCUUAAUCUCAUCAUGAUAAGCCUCACCAUAAUUCUCGAGGUUGCUGUUUGCUUCUCACUGAUACAUGAUGGCACAUCUUGUAUGGAGAGCAGAGAGGAUGCCUUGAAAGCUGUUCGGCUGUACCGCAUAAUAGAAUUCAUGAUAUAUAUAAUCAUGAUUCUUAAUAUUUCUAUAACAAGUGCUAUGGCAUCUUCAUAAAUGUUAUUUAUUUUUUUAUUUAUUUCAUAUCAACUGUCCUGUUGUUAAGCUUCAUAUAUUUAGCAGUGGCUCCAUGCAAUUAAAUGUUGUAACAUUU